UUUCCUAGUUUUGCUGAAAAGAUGAAAAAAUGGUAUCUAUGAAACUUUUUGCUUUCUUUUAUCAAACACAAGUGUAAUUAUCAAUAUUUUAGUAUGAAAAUGAAACUCAAGAUAUGGUCUUUCAUUAGUAGAAAAAUAAAUACAUUUGCUUGAGAAAUAGGCUUCCUGGAGCCUUGAAAAUUACCCAAUGGUCAUCAGUGUGCCAUUUUCUUCCAAUAUAAUGUUUACUUCCGAAACUUUCAGGAAAUAAUGGACAAUUGUGAGGGAAUAUCUCCUCAAAAUUUCAGGUAGAUCUGUUAAGCUUUUACUAAAUUAUGGGUCUCACAAUGAUAUCACAUGGUUUUUUUGUACAUCGAUGGUUACAGUAAAAUGGUCAUAAUUCAUCAACGGCUCGAGGACCUUCAAUGAAAUUUUUACUGUAGAUAGCUAGAGUAGAGUACUACACAAUGAGAUGUAGAUCAACUCAAUAGGUCUUUCCUUCCUCGAAUUAUGAAUUUCACAAGAAGCAUGACUACUACCUAGUAUAACUACGUUCUGACUCGAGCAAAUUUGGCGCGAGUGGUGCUGACGAUCAGCGUUCGUCAUAGAGUAUAUACACACAAAAUUUCAACUGUCUAGCUCCUAUAAAGACCACAGUUCAAGGGGGGUCGGGACUUAUGGCCAGCACUGUAUAUAUAUAUCAUAUUAUUCUUAUAUGAUUUAGCAUCAAUAUCUGUAAACAAACAAUCGUCGCAAAUAUCCUCUACGACUCUAGUCAAUAGUAAUAGUAAUAAACGUCGAAAGUCAGAUGAAUGAGCUCUUUUUAAACGAUGUCGAUAUGAUUCAACUCAAAAUAGUAUGAUAUAUGUUUCGUGUUAUAAGAAAAUCGAAUUUGUUUGACUUUUUUUCUUAUAAUCUUAAUACCACCUGUUCAAUCAAUUUGACCUAAUACAUCAACAGCUAUAGAUGAGUCAACUGUAACAUCCGACGUAAGAUCAUAGAUGAAGAAUAUGAAUUGUGUAUUUUCUUUUUUUUUUUUAUAUAUAUUUAGUCUAAUCAAGCAUGUUCAUCUGCUAGGUCAAUUGAUAGUCAUGCUGAUGAUUAUAUUUUGACUCAAAAAUCAAUUUCAAUAACUGCAUCUCGCCUAACUGAUGAACAAAUAGAUCGUCUUGAUCAAUUUCUUCAACGCUUUAAUAUUCAUUAUUCGGAUGAAACCGAUGAAAAAACAACACAUUUAAUAACUGAUGAUACAACAACUCGAUGCGUUUGUGCUUUAUCAUGA